ACUUUGGGAUAGAAUUCAGUACUUUCUUCUUUUACUGAGUUUUAAGUCUGUAGUUUGAAUUGAGAUGCUUUCAUUGGGAGAACCUGUGAAAAAUGUUAUAAACAAAGGAACCAAUUGGAAAUGGCAAAGACUACUAGUUAUAGAUUUUUUGGAUGUUGGAUUUUGGUUUUUAGUUGAUAUAUAUAUUUGUGUUGGUGUCUCUAGCUGUUUUAAACCUUUGGGUAUAUCCUUCUUCCUGCAUUGCUAUUUUCUACAAACCACAAAUGGUUUGUAUGACAAUACACAGGAGAUGACAGGGACAUCCUUAGGGGACUGUGGGCUAGGCUGAAUCAUUCGAUGUGUAUAUGUGUAUGUAUGUAUAUGUGUGUGUGUAUUUUUCUAUAAUUGUGAUUGUUUGAAUGUGCACAUUUUGUCUCUUAAUAUAUUUAGGCAGUAUUAACUAGAGAUGGGCUGUGAGGUGGGGGAAGCUGAACUAUAUAUAAUAGGACAACAGAAAGGGGAGGGACUUGUUUCAGGUACUUUACUUCAGAUUAUUUCUGUAUAUGUCCUUUUUAAUAUUUCCUUUCCCUCUGUUAGCUGUACCUCCUCCCUUUCCAAUUCUAUCAGUAUCUGUGUCCACUAAAUAUCCUUGUUUCAUUCCUUCUCUUAUUAGGACUUUGUACAAUUAUACCAAUUUAUUAUUACAAAUUGUGAGGCAUCUAGGUGGUGCAGUGGAUUGAGUGCCUAGAGUCAGGAAGAUUCCUCUUCUUGAGUUCAAAUCUGGCCUCAGAUACUGUAAUAAUGAGAUUUUGUUAGGGGAAAGAACAAGAAGGAAACAUAAAAAUCAGGUUUAUUUUUGGGAAAGGGAAGAGGGAAAGAGCAAAGAAAAUUAUUACAAUUAAUCUUAAACCCUAAUUUCUAUAAACCUAUCUUAACCUAACUUUCUAAGCUAAAAAAAACAUUAAGUUUCCCCAACACAAAAUCUCACAAAUGGAAUCCAGUCAAUAGGCCAGGAUCUUCAGAUAAAACUGUCCAAAGCAGGACCAGUGGAGAAGUGAGUCUUUAGUCCUCUGUUCUAGCUGCCAGCAGCCAGUCCAAGCAGGAUUCUUCUCUCUUCAACUGGUAUCACCAAAAGGCCAGAAAUCUGAUGUAAAACUUGCAAUCUCCAAAGUCCUUCAGGAGAGAAGUGAAGUUUCUGUUGGGACCAUAGAAUCUUUACCUAGAUAUUGACCCUUAGAGUCCCAUGUGACUCUCUGUCACCUGCUCCUGUCAAUCACUUGAAAGUUUGCAUUGCAAAGUCUUUUUGCAAAUGUCCUCUUCCUAUUAUAAUACUUAUUAGUUGUGUGAUCCUGGUAAGUCAUUUAACUCUGUUUGCCUUAGUUUUUUUUUUUCCUCUGUAAAAGGAGCUAGAGAAGGAAAUGGCAAACUAUUCCAAUAUUUUUGCCAAGAAAAUCAGAAAUGGGGUCAGGAAGAGUCAGAUAAAACUAAAGUGACUAAAGAACAACAACAGUUAUACAAAUUGUACAUACUACAAAUAUGUGAUAGGGACAUCUAGGCAGAGUAAUCAGGAUUACUAUGUUAAUUAUUUUGUUUGAGUUUGGCACAUUCUUACUCCUGCCUUCAGAAAGAGAAACCUUUCUCUCCAAUACAGUUAGUAUAGGAUCUGCCAGCAGCUCCUAUAUAAUGAACCUGUGGGUGGUGACCUGAGAAGGAAAUUGGAGGCUAGAGGAAUAUGCUUGUAAAAUAGAUAAGGCAGUCAGAGGAAGAGACACAGGAAUAAAGACUCAGAGACCACAAAGUUAAAACACUUGGGGAGUUGCAAGUUCCGUUAUUACCUCUCUGGAAAGAGAGAAAGCAAGCGGAGAAAUUAUAAGUAUGAGAAACAAGAGAAGUGGUGGGGAGCUGACAACUCCAGGACAUCCUCAAUGGGCCACAGGGCCAAGAGAUUAAUGGGAGAUGUGCAGGGCAGCUGCGCUGCAUUAAUCAGUCAGACAUGAGUCAAGACCAAGAUCAAGAUAGUAAGAGGCAAGAGGGAGGGAAUCAAGGCAAGGGAUGUAAGAGCAAGAGAAGUCAGAGAAGAGGAGGCUCACACAUGUUCCCCAGCUUUUAUUGGGGACCUUAGGAAUGUCAAGUGGGAGGUGAUUAAUGAAUACAUGACAUGAUAUAGGUUUUUACAUUGGUAGAAUUGACAAUGAUGGCAUCAAAGAGGAGGAGAUUAAUCUAACCUGCGCUUUGUAAAUGAAUGUAAUCUGAGCUAGGGCACUGUGGCAGUCAACGCCCAGCCCAGGAAUUUGUUAGUCCUUUGGACUGUCCCUUUCCAUACAAUGAACAUUAAGUGAUCUGACCAUGUGUCUGGUAAAUGAAUAUAUAGGAUACAAUAUCAGUACAUCAACCAUACUUGCAAGAUGCUAACAUGCCUGGUAUGCUACAGUUAGCAUUAUCAGCAGAAUGGGUUAAUUUAUGAAACACACUUACUGUUUUCCAGCAGCUCUGCAAAGCAUUUAAAAAAGUCAUUAAAGUUGGGGAAGGUGUCCCUGUUUCUCAAGCACACUUCAUAAGUAAUCAUCCUAAUACAUAGCAAGAGGGGCAUUGGUAUAGAAUUUAAAAAGGUCUUGGAGAUCAUUUAGUCUAGCCCCUUCAUUUUACAGGUGAGGAAACUGAGGUUCAGUGAGGUUAAAUGAUUUGCUCAUAAUCACAUGGCUAUUUAGGGCUGGAACAGGUAUUUUAAUUCUGUUCUCAUGACUUUUAACCUACCUUUCUUCUUUCCCUAGCUUUAUACCAUCUUUUCAUGUUACUAACUCUAACUUGACAUUUUGGUUGUUUUCCCAUUUUCUGAAAGAUAAAAGACAAAUUUCCCAAACUGACAUUAAGAUCCUUCAUAAUCUGGCUUCAACUUACUUUUCCAGUGAUAUUUCAGACUCUUCCCUUUUUCACAGGCUACAUUCCCACCAAACUAAACUCCGAGUCCCCUUUCCAUUCCAGCUUGUGAGAUCUGUGUAAAAGGAAAUAGUUCAGAGACUAUGAGCUGGCCUCAGAGCAGAGAUUCCAGAGUCAAUUCCAGAGGGAGGACUAAGCUCUUAAGGAAUAGCUUAUGCCUCUUAAAGCCAGGCUACUUUGCUUUUUUAAAAGACCAUGUGAGGUAUGACUGACCCUUAGUCAGUUAUCUGAAGUUCUCUGUAUUCUAGAAAUUAUUUUUGCUUAAUCACUAAUGCCUUAUAAUGCUAUCAGAUUAGUUAGGGAACUCUGUUGUUCAGUUAUGAUGAUAACUCUUUUAUGUUGUUAUCAGGUCAAUGGAAACUUCCCAAUUUUAUUAGAAACUUCCUUGUUUCUAAAACAUCCUCUCUCCACAUCUUGGACUUUUGAAAUCUUUCUCUUUCUUAAAAGUAAGUCUAGCUCUGGUGCUAUCUCUAUGAACCCCAGCUCAUAUCUUCUCCAGGUGAAAAAUCUGUUUUUUCUCAAAUUUCUUUUAGCACUUUGAAUUUCUCCUCUGUCCAAAAAAUAUUGUCUUGCAACACAUCUAUUCACAUAGAUGUUUUAUUCCAUUCUAUUCUACUUUAAGUUUCUCAAGGGAGAAGACUUUCAAAAAAAAAAUUUCAUCCCUAGUGUCUACCACAAUGGCUUACACAUAGUAGGAAUGUUUGUUCAAAAUAAGAUCUUCCUUUCCCUCUCUUUUUUUAGACUCAGCCUGAAUGACACAGCAGUGGGGUAAAAGAGUAUUUCCUUUAUUUUGUCCAAGUCUUGUCUUCAAGUAUAAGCUUACCUCCCUAAUACUCAAAGAUAUAUUUGGGAUAGGAGCACUUAUAACUUUUAGUUUCAGUCUGGCUUUAGUUAACAGAAGUUUGUAUGGUGCUAGGUUUAGCUUCAGCUAGAGUUUCUGUUAAUGCUUCAGUGGUAACAUUUUAUCCUAACAAGGAAUGUGUAAUCAAAAUCUAGUCUGUGAACCACUGUCACACAGAAAUUUCAGAACUUAAAAAAAUGUCCAUUCUAAGAAGGGUGCCAUUUCCUUUUGGAUUCUUGGGACCAGUGGAAGAGAUACUUUGAGUUGCCCUAUUUCUGGAUUUUGAUGUGGAGAUCAGAGGUUAUUUUUAAUUUGAUGGAUUUUCUCAUGGAAUAGAUCAGUUUCCAGCCUCUUACGGACUUUCUGACUUUCUUUAACAGAGAACCAGAAGUCAAGAUUAACAAUAAUAAUAGCUAACACAUAUAUAAAGCUUUAAAAUUGGCAAAACUCUAUAAAAUAUCAUCUCAUCUGAUCUUCACAAAAACCAUGGGAGGUAAGAGCUAUUAUUUGUUGUUGUUGAGUCAUAUUUGAUUCUUUGCGAUCCAUUUGUCAUUUUCUUGGCAAAGAUAGUGGAGUGGUUUGCCAUCUCCAUCUUCCUGACUCCAGGUCCAGCUCAUUUUAUAGAUUGGAAACUGAGACAAACAAGAUUAAGCGACAUCCCAGGAUCACAUAGCUAGUAAAUGUCUGAGACCAGAUUUGAACUUGGGAAAGAGGAGUCUUUCUCACUUCAAGCCUGGCACUCUAUCCAAUGAACCACCUUGCUGUCCACUAGCACAGUGGUAUAGUGAACAGAGUGCUGGAGUCAGGAAGACCCUAGUUCAAAUAUGGCCUCAGACACUUAAUAGCUGUAGGACCCUAGACAUUAUCUAAAUCAAUGUCUACCUUAGUUUUUUUCCCUAUUUUAACAACCAUUAUCAAUUUCCUUAUCUGUAAAAUAGGGAGAAACUGAGGGAAACAGAUUAAAUGAUUUAUCUAAGGUCAUACAGCUAUUAAGUGUCUGAGGCUGGAUUUUAACUAGGGUAUUCCUGAAUCCAGAUCCAGUACUUUUAUACUAUGCCCUCUACCUACCAUAUAAAUUAGAGAAAACUGGGAAUUUCAAAGAUUUUGGGUCCAUUUCUCCUUUCUGACUGCAUGGGGCCUAGUCCAGUGUAGUUUUAGAGUGGCUAUUCCUGGCUUUUUGAACCACUCAGCCCACUCUUUCUCCAUAGAAUCUGAUGUUGAAUUCCUUUCCCUUGUCCUGGUAUCUUUAAGAGUUUUUCCCAUCUAAAAAGUUAUUUAAAAUCUCCAGGGAUUUUUUUUCCCUUAGGUGAUCUUAAUUAAAGAAGAGGCUGAUGUUUAGCAGAGUAUGAAUUCUCAGGCAUAAUAUUUAAGUCUGUAACCUGCCCCAUAAAUCUUGGAUAAGACUAGCCCUGUGUCUGAGGGAUAGCCAUGGGGACUUUUUUUCUGCCACAUGUCACAAGGAAACAGGCACUCCCAGAAAGGAAAACAGGCAGUCCCAGGAGCCAAUAACCUUGCUUGGGAGCAGGGAAUUUCUUUCAAAUUCCAUCCACUUCCUUGAAUUUCAUGUCCAACUUCUGGGAAAUUCUGAACAGAAUUUUAGAAUUAUCCCAAGUUCCAGGAUCCUCAAAGCAACAAGGAGGUUGUAAUCCUCAACUUUGGAGUCUUCCCAGAUUCAUCUGCUUUAUUCUUAAUGGAUCCUAAAGGAGUUCAGUGUUUCUCAAACCAUGUCCAAGAUGCUUUGACCCCUCUUAAGUGCUAGGAAAAUACAGAUGGAAACAAAAUUAUCCUGCAUACUUUAAUAAUACCUUUACACCUAUCAUGCUCUCCUCCCAACAAUGCUGUGAGGUAAAUAAGCAAAUAUUGUUUUAUCUCCAUUAUGCUAACAGGGAAGCUGAGACUCAGUGACUCUUUGUGAUUUCAUAGGUAGUUCUUGUCAGAGCCAGAAUCAAAAUUCACGGUCUUCUAAAGCCAGAUCACCACACUAAGCUUCUUCUGGGAGAAAAAAAAAAAGUAGACAGCAGGCGAGGUCCGUGGCUGUCCACUUACCGGGAUGGACACAAGAUAUAUCAGCUUCGAAGUGUUUGUGACUUUUCUCAGAGGAGCAUUCUUUUCUUAAGGAGAUUUUCUUAGAGGUUGGACCCGAGUCUUCAGCUGGCGUUCUGUCCAACCUUUUUUCUGUACGUCUUCCCCUGAGAUCCCUAGGCGGCGCUGCUUUCCUCCUGCCUUGCCUGGCUCCCUUUUCCCAGACGGCAGCUGAACCACACUUAAGGCUUUCUCUGAGCCGGCUAACCCAGUAUUCAUUUCAGCCCAGAGAAGGAAGACGAACCUCAGCCCAUUUCCUACAUUUUCGCCGGCGGUAGUAUAGUCUAUGUAGUUUAUUCCGUGCCGGGUGAGCUCAACUGGAGCCCCGGAGAAUGGUCACGGGUAGCUCCGCUCCGAGGAAUGUGCCAGAGGGGAAGGAUGUUGGGCUGGAUAGUGAUUCUUUGCUUGUGGACCGGCUCCUGCGCUGCGGAACAUCUGGAGUACUCUGAGUUUGAGGAGACGGAGCAUGGCAAGAUUGUGGGGAACGUUGCCACCGACUUAGGGCUGGCAGCCGACACGCUUAUUUUCCGGAAAUUUCGCCUUCUUUCCAGCAACGGCGGCGAGCCCUACUUUGGGGUGGAGCUGGGCAGCGGCAGCUUGUUUGUCCGGGAGCCGGCCGAUCGCGAGCGGCUCUGCGGAGCCAAGCCUAUCUGCAUUCUCAACUAUGAGCUAGUGCUCAAAUAUCCAUUGGAGCUUCACCGGAUGAGUGUCCACAUUCUGGACCUCAAUGACAACCCGCCUCGCUUCCCCGAAGGCGAGGUGCUGCUUCACCUAGCAGAGUUCCUGGUGCCGGGAGCCCGCUUCACACUUCCCAACGCCCAGGACGCAGAUGAAGGAACCAACGGGUUACUGAGCUACUCGCUGAGUCCUAGCGAGCACUUCCGUUUGGAGAUGGGGACCCGUUCGGACAGCAGCGAGUAUCCCGAGUUGGUGCUGGAGAAAUCGUUGGAUCGCGAGCAGCGCGACACCCACAGGCUGGUGCUGACUGCUCGGGAUGGGGGCCAGCCUGAUCGUUCCGAAUCUGUUCAGGUCACAGUCACCGUUGUGGACACCAACGACAACGCGCCUGUGUUUCAGCGCUCAGUUUACCGGGCCAGUGUUUCAGAGACAGCGCCCAACGGGACUGUGCUGAUUCGAGUGCAAGCCUCCGACCCUGACGAGGGUCCCAACGGGGAGGUCCGGUACAUCUUUAGCAAUAGCACUCCAACAGAGCUGAGACUCCAGUUUCGAGUGCACUCCCAAAGUGGGGAGGUGAGUGUGGUGGCGCCGCUUGGACCAGCUGACAAAUUGCUGGAGUUAUUCAUCGAGGCGAGAGACGAGGGAGCGUUUAGUUUAGCCAGCACUGCUAAACUGCUGGUGGAAGUGAUCGAUGUGAACGACCACGCCCCAGAGGUGCGCAUCACCUCACUCUCCAGUCCCGUGUCCGAGGACGCGCCUUCAGGCACUGCGAUUGCCCUGUUGAGUGUCCGAGACGAAGAUCGGGGUCCCAAUGGAAAGGUAACCUGCAGCAUCCAAAGCAACGGCCCCUUCCAGCUACGCCCUUCUUUCGACAACUACUACAGCUUGUUAACUGAUGGGCCUCUAGACCGGGAACAAACCAGCGAAUACCAGGUCACGAUCGUAGCUUCCGACGGCGGCUCUCCCCCUCUAAGCACGCACAGGACAGUGACCGUGCUCGUUGAGGAUGUGAAUGACCACGCACCGAGCUUUCCUUUGCCUCAGCAGGAGUUCUUCGUGGCGGAAAACAAUGGAGCUGGGGCCUCGCUGGGUCGCGUGUUCGCCCAGGACCAGGACCUGAACCAGAAUGGCCUUGUGUCCUAUCUGCUGCGGGAUCUUCACUCAGACAGGCCGCUGGCCUCCAGCCUGGUAGAGGUGGAUCGGAUAAGCGGAGCCAUCACUGCCAAAACUUCCUUUGACUUCGAGCAGCUCAAGGGAUUUCACUUCGUGGUGGAAGCCAUGGAUGGCGGCAUUCCUGCCAGGAGUACAGAAGUGAAGGUCAGCGUGUUCAUCGUGGACCGAAAUGACAAUCCCCCAGCCAUCCUGUAUCCUCUGGUCAAAAAUGGCUCAGUCCCAGUAGAAAUUGUGCCUCGUCAGGCCAAAACAGGGUACUUGGUCACCAAGGUAGUAGCCGAGGAUGCAGACAGUGGGCCAAACGCUUGGCUUUCCUACCAUGUCCUGCAAGCUUCGGACCUGAGCCUUUUUUCUGUCUCCCCUAACACAGGAGAGCUCCGGACCCGGCGCUCCAUUCUGCCGACAGAUGCAGUAAAGCAGAAGUUGGUGAUCAUGGUUCAGGACCACGGGGAUCUUCCCCUCUCCUCCUCCAUCACUUUGGGUGUACUGUUGGUAGAUUCUCCCCCACAGGUCAUUCCUGACUUCAAGGACGGGUGGGAAACACGAGGACAGCUUUCGACCCCUAAUUUAUAUUUAGUGAUAGCCCUUGCGUGCAUUUCCUUUUUGUUUCUGGUGUUUUUAGUCUUCUCCGUUUGCAUCAAAUGGAGCCAGGGCCAAUCUUGUAGCUGUCAUAGCUGCUGCCCUUCGCACUGUUGCUCCCCAGAGUCAUAUCAAUGUCGAAAGAAGAUGCCUCAGAACCCUGGCCUGACGUCUGCCACCAUUGACGUCACUGCAGUGGGGAGGCUUUCUCAAACCUACCUCUACCAAGCCUCACUGGGGCUUGGUUCCAGCAAUAACAAUUUAUUCUUGCGUGGAGAAUACAGUACAGCAGACCUAAGGAAUCUUGUCAGUGGGGUUGGACUGAAUUUGCCAAUAUCCUGUAUUCAGAUUCGAAACAGAAAAGGGGAACAUGCAAAUGACAAAGCUAUGCCAAAACAACCCAACCCUGACUGGCGUUAUUCUGCCUCUCUGAGAGCAGGAAUGCACAGCUCAGUGCACCUGGAAGAAGCAGGCAUCUUGAGGGCAGGGCCAGGAGGACCAGAUCAGCAGUGGCCAACUGUGUCCAGUGCAACACCUGAACCUGAAGCAGGAGAGGUGUCUCCCCCUGUAGGAGCUGGUGUCAACAGCAACAGCUGGACCUUUAAAUAUGGACCUGGCAACCCCAAGCAACCUGGCCCUGGUGAGUUGCCAGACAAAUUCAUUAUCCCGGGAUCUCCUGCAAUCAUCUCCAUCCGGCAGGAGCCACCCAACAACCAAAUUGACAAAAGUGACUUCAUUACCUUUGGGAAAAAGGAGGAGACCAAGAAGAAGAAGAAAAAGAAGAAGGGCAACAAGACCCAAGAAAAAAAAGAGAAAGGGAACAGCACCACUGACAACAGUGACCAGUGAGGGAUCCUAUGGAACAAAGCCACUUAGCCAGUUUUGUAAUAAUGGCAAAUCUCUCUUAUGUAGCAACUCCUGACUCUUUCCUCCUGUCCAGACCAGUCCUAUCUGUACAGAUCCCAGAAAUCAACAGAAAGUUUCCGGUGUCUGUUUAGAUCACAUAUAAACAGGUUUUGUCUUAAAGCUUUACUCAAUCUGAUGUUAACUCUUUCUCUCCACUCUGGCUUGUUUUCAGAACCUAAAAAGCAGACCCAAGUUUCCUUUCUCCUCCGCCGCAAAGGAGAGGCCUCCCAGCCCCACCCGUGAGAGGUUGGACUCUUAGCCUUGUGCUCCUGGAAUCCUGUCUUGAUGGCACUUACAGGGCAGGCUGAAAGGUUUUCAGAUUGGGUGGUCCGGGUUUUACUUUUGAUGUGUGACUGUGCAUGUUGGGGAUGGGGUGGAGGUAUGUGGGUGUGUAUGUAUGUGUUUACAGAAGUCAUUAAGGGAAGGCAAAAUUAGGUUACUUGGUGCAAGAAGACAUGGAAACUUGAAGAAACAAAACCAAUUAGUAGUUCUGAACUUUUCAGCCCAGGGAGGAAACAUGAGAAAGGAAUUGACUCGAUUUUCCAAACUUAGUGUGGGAUAGGUAAGGAAUCUUUAGUGACAGGAGGUGGUACCCAUUCUCUAGACAAAAUCCCUUGACUAUUAACCUGUUUAUACAUUAUUAGAGGUCCUGAAAAAAAUUGGCUAUGGUGUUAUUUUAAAAUCUUAAAAACAGUUCCUCAAACUCUAACAGGAGGAGGUUCAGAUGGACAUGUUGGGAAAGUAAGUGGCUCAGCUGCUGUUUCCUGUGUGUCCUUGUCCUGACCCUGUUAGACAUUCUUUUGCACACAACGUUUCUGAAAAGGCCAGACAGUCCUUUUCAUAUAUAUGCAAAAGGGAAAGAAAAAAACCCCAACACCUCACUUUAUCUAUGCUCUUUGUUAUUUGAUAGAUUUAUUUUAAAAUGGAACUAUAGUUAUAAAUGUUGAGAAACAAAUAUGAUAAAUAUGAUUUCCCUUUGCCCCCAAACAGAAUUCAAUCUACAGCCAUUAGAAACAAUCAUUGCUGCUACUGAAGUGCUUUAGAGAAAUUGCCUAAAACAUCUGUAUUAUAUCGGCCACCUGCCAAUCACAGCUUUACUCUAUCAGGUCACUCUGGGACUGCCUCUUGCAUGUAUUAAUUACUAAAUCCAAGGAUCCCCAUCCUUAAAAAAAAUGUUUUUUUUAUGUGCACUUUGAUUACACAAUCUUCUUCAAUCAACCAUCCUAAGACUAAGAAAUGAAAGAUACCUGUUGUUUUCUCAGACAUACAGAACACACUUACAGAUCCUCUAAUUCUGUGAAUUGUCUUGGUGCGCUAGCUUAUGACCUUCCCUUUGAUUUUGUUUCCCUCUUUUCUAUGACACUCUGAAUUGCUGCCCUUACUACUACUCAUGAUGUAAAAUCCAAUUACUGUAUGUAUGCUGUAUGCUCUUAUAAAAAAUCCUGAAAUAUACUUACUCUGUGCUUGUGUAUGUGAAUGUCAAUGCAACUAUUACCUAGAGUGGACUUUAAGCUUUAUUGUUGAAUGUAACCCCAUUACAUUUCUUUUUUGUACACCUGUGAAAAAAAGUGGAAUAGUGUUCAGUUAAAAAAAAAUAACCACCACUGUUAAUCAGUUUUUGUGUAUGAAAGACACAGUAAAAUAUCUUUCUUAAAUCGAGAUACUGGUGAUUCAAAGAAUUUUAUUUAUGGUCAGUCAAAAGUCUCCCUUGUCCUUUGCUACGAGUCCAGCUGUUGAGGGAUUGGAUGAAGCUGCGUUUUUCUAGUAACAAUUCUGGAAGGAAUUCAGAAGAUAAUUCCCUGUGGGUGUGUGAGUACACAACCAGACAGCUUGUGACCUCCAUAAAUACUGAAUUUCUAAGGCUAUCAUAUCCUAUCACAGAGAAUGAUCAAAGUUAAUGUCAUUCUAGCUAGAACAUUUUAAGUUUGUUGAAAUGUACAAAUUAGAUGUUUGGUCAGUUAUUUUUGCUCUAGCACUCGUUGAUCUGAACAAGAAAGAUAGGAAUCUGUUACAAAGCUUUCCAUCCCCUUGCAAAGAAUUGUUUUCUCUUUAUGAUUGAGCUUUGAUUCUCCCAUAUUUUGAAGGGUGUGUAAAUUCAGCGUUGUAGGUUUGCAUGGGGUAAAACAGGUUGCCAGCACAUACAAGUCAUGGCUACAUUCUAGGUUCCGACAACUUUGUCCCUCUCAACCCCAUGUACUUGACCUUAUGUGCCUUCUGAAUAAUAGGAGAAUUGGGCUAAUUUGUUAAUGAUAAGAAUGAUGACAAAUCUGUGCAGCGCUUUUUCUAUUGGGAAAGUGCUUUCCAAUCUUUUGUUAGUUACCAGUUAUUACAGCUGUAAGUACAAAACAGCAUGUGUAUUCAUUUUUAAUUGGUGCUAUUGGUAUUUCUUAUGUUAUUGCUAAUAAACAGAUAAUGGUACAUAUACAAGAAA